AUGAAUAACAAGUUCAAGCUAAUCAUGGGUUUGGUUCCUUUUUUUCUACUAAUGGUUUUUGUGCUGCCAACUUCGGCGGUACACAAGUUCGCUGAGCCAAAGAUCUUACUGCCUAUUCGUUCGAAGGUUUUGCAUUCGGAUUCAAAGAGCUACGCUGUUAUUUUUGAUGCUGGGAGUACGGGAAGUAGAGUGCACGUAUUUUGCUUCGAUCAGAACUUUGAUCUCCUUCAUGUUACUAAAGACGUAGAUUUUGAAUUGUUUGUUCAGGUUAAACCUGGUUUGAGCGCAUAUGGAAACGACCCUCAGGCUGCGGCUAAUUCACUUGCUCCUUUGCUUCAUCAAGCCGAAAGUGUUGUGCCUCAAGAGUUGAGAUCCAACACUUCAGUCAGAGUUGGGGCCACUGCAGGCUUAAGGAUGUUGGGAGCUGAUGCAGCGGAGAGGAUUUUGCAAGCGGUGAGGGAUCUUCUAAAAAGUAGCAGCCUGGACUACAAGGCAGAUGAGGUUUCUAUUCUGACUGGUUAUCAAGAAGGUUCAUAUAUGUGGAUUGCAAUAAACUACUUGAUCGAGAAGUUAGGGAACCCAUAUCCAAAAACAUAUGGAGUAAUUGAUCAGGGUGGUGGAUCUGUUCAAAUGGCAUAUGCCAUUUCCAAAGAGAAUGCUGUAAAAGCACCAAAAGUACCCGAUGGAGAAGAUCCAUAUGUAGGAAAAUUUGUUCUGAGGGGAACUGAAUAUUACGUUUAUGUUCACAGUUACUUGAACUAUGGCUUGUUGGCGGCUCGAGCAGAAAUUUUAAAGGUUCUCAGAAACUCUGGCAACCCUUGCAUAUUGGCUGGUUAUAAUGGUGUAUACAGCUAUGGAGGAGAAGAUUAUAAAGCAUCAGCUUCUCCUUCUGGUACAAGCUUCGAAAAAUGCAGAAGAGUAAUUCUUAAAGCUCUCAAAAUUAAUGCACCAUGCAACUAUGUGAAUUGCACAUUUGGAGGAGUAUGGAAUGGUGGAGGCGGGGACGGACAAAAGAAUAUGUAUGUAGCUUCUUUCUUCUUCAACAAGGCUCAAGAGGCUGGUUUUGUCGAUAGCAAUGAGAUUUCGGGCACAGCUAGCGCAUCAGAUUUCAAGAAAGCAGCUAGGGUUGCUUGUCAGACUAAAUUUGAGGAUAUAAAAUCCAGAUUUCCAAAUGCAGGGAAGACCGACUUGCCAUACUUAUGCAUGGAUUUAGCAUAUGAGUACACGUUGCUUGUUGAUGGAUUUGGUAUUCAUCCUCGGAAAAAGUUUACAUUGGUGGGGCAGAUUAAAUACCAUAAUUCCAUCAUGGGAGCUGCAUGGCCAUUAGGUAGUGCCAUAGAGGCUGUGUCAUCAGAAGCACGAGUAAAAACUGCAUUAGCAUAG